AUGCCCGGGGCUCACCUGAAGCGAAUCAAAGACUGUUGGUCGAUCAAUGUGCCCCAACUCGCAUUCUGUUACAAACCGCUCCUACAUGCCGUCUUCGCAAUCUCCGCCCUGCAUCUGUCCAAAGCCGACGCGAACGAUUCUGGCUUGCCGGAUAUGCACUACAUUUACCUCGAGCAGGCUUUGCGCGAACAUCGACUCUGUAUCGGCGGCAUAACUACGCAGACUGCGGAUGCGGUGUGCUUUACAAGCAUUCUGUUGCAGGUCAAUGUAUUUGCUACCUUAAAAGAUCGUCCUGCUGCUCCUUAUAAACAGGUAAAUGAAUGGAUGCAUCUAGUGCGCAGGUCGGUAGCCGUUUUUGAUGCGGCCUUGGAGAUUAUGAGGCAUAAUGCUCAUUCCGCGAAUAUCUGGUGUCUUAUUGAUACCGUUCCUCUCCCCUUACGGACGAAUUUUGAUGCUGGGUCGUUUUCAUUCCUGCUUCCGACGGUUCCUGACGACGAGGAUGACGAGACAGCGCUAGAAGCAUAUCGAGGGGCUGUCGCGCAUAUCAAUUCCACCUGGCUGGCCAUGGAAGCAAAGGAACACCCGCAAAUCAGCUGUCGCCGGCUCAUGGUCUUCCCUUUGUUCGUGGCAACUGGGUUCAUUGACUUACUCGAGAAGAGGAGGCCGCGCGCUCUGGUAGUUUUAGCCCACUUUCUUGCCUUGUCGGCACCAUUACGCGACGUAUGUGGGAACACCUAA